AUGAUUCUCGAGAAUAGUAGGCUCACAGAAGAGCAGGCUGCCGUUUUCAUUUCAGAAGCCUUGCGAACUUUCAGUUGGCAGGCGGUGGCUGCCGCCACGUUCGACCAGUUCAACAUUUUGAAAGCCGAGCAUCCUAUCUUGGCCGACAUUGCAUCUUUCCAGAGCGCGCACAUCAACCACCUCACCCCCCGAACCUUGGACAUUUCCGCUGUUCAGACUGCUAUAAAGGAGGCCGGUAUGGCUGUCAAGGCACGCAUCGAAGGGCCGCCCAUUCGCAAGUGUCCCAUUCUUCUGCGCCAGACUAGUUUUCUGGCCCUUGAAGAAUACGUCCACUUUAGAAGAAGCGACAGUUCCGGCCUGGUCUUCGCUUCUGAUACUGAGGCCGGACUGAUCAAGGCCGGCCAUACGGCUCGUUUUGGGGAGGUUGAGGAGCGGGGCGCCGCCGUCACGGAUCGGGGACAGGUACUUUACGAACGACUACUGCGAGAAACCAUGGAAAUGACGACGAAUGCCGGCCCCGAAGAGGCUGAUGGACUCGCAAAAGAUGUCUUCAAGCAAUAUCCUGAUACUUGGACUGAACUGAGGAAAGAGAGACUGAUACAUUGCGAAUACGUCUGUGUCAGAAAAGUGUCCCCGAACGAGGCCGGGCGGCAACUCGAUGAAGUCACUCUUGAGCGCCUCAUUUCGCAGGGUGUUAUAGAAGCACGCCCGAUCACUUAUGAAGAUUUCCUCCCGUUUUCGGCGGCUGGGAUUUUCCAGUCCAACAUUCAGUCUCGGGACAAAGAUGGACGACCGCUGCAGAUGAAGCAUCCCAAGCCGGACUUGCCCGGUCUCGUGGAAGCACUGGGGGAGGAGCCAGUGAAUGUUCAAAAAUGGUACUCUGUCAUCCAGAAUCGGAGCCUCAAGGCCGUGGCGGAGAAGCUGGGGAUGACCGCGGCGUGGCCUUGUUGA